AAGGGCGUGUCCGUAGAGUCAUAGGAGAGGAAGACGCAGCCAGCGGAGUGGACUCCCCGCUCAGCCCACCGGACGUUAGACUGUGGACGGAGGCUGAGCUGACGGACGGUGUCGGUACUGUGGUCGGAGUCGGGUCUCGACAGAACAUCAUGAAGUUCUUGUGGGCCGUCGCCGCCCUCCUUCUGGGCUGCUGCCGAGCUAACGCGAGCACAAACCCGGUUACCUUGAGUGGACCUGCUGUGGUGACCAACCAGACUUCUGCCACGCUCGGCUGCAACUUGACUGAUUCUAGCCUCACUAGUACUGUUUCCUUCUGGACACACAACGGCAAAGUCAUUGAGGACUCGAAGUCUUCUGGGUCUUAUGCAGUCCUUCGUUUGGACAAGAUCACCCACGUUCAGUCUGGAGUGUACGAAUGCGUGUUCGAGACCAGUCCUCCCAUGAAGAACACCAUUGAGGUCAAAACCACCCCGCACGUUUCUGCCUACAAGCACUCGGAGCACGGCAGUGAGAACGACAAAGGCGUGAUGACCUGCGUGGCCCACGGUUACCCGCUGCCCACCGAUUGGGUUUGGGUCAAAGACGAUGGUGGCAACCAGAUGCCUGUGAACAACGCCACCACCGACAGAUACGAGAUAAAGAGCACCCCCAACAAGACGGUGCUGACCAUCAACGACCUGAACAUCGAGACGGACGCCGGGAACUACGUUUGUUACGGAACCAGUGAUGUCGGCACGGGCAUGGACACCAUCUACCUGCGUGUGCGCAGUCGCCUGGCUGCUCUGUGGCCCUUCCUCGGGAUCGUGGCGGAGGUCAUCAUCCUCGUGACCAUCAUCUUCAUCUACGAGAAAAGGAGAAAGCCCGACGAGGUCAAUGACGACGACGACUCAGGAGCUGCUCCACUGAAAAGCAAUUCCACCUCCAACCACAAAGACAAGAACGUGCGGCAAAGAAACUCCAACUGAAAGGUGUGAAGUGGCGCUGCAGUCGGCGAGGAGUCAUUCUGUCGCAUCAACGUGCUUUCUGCGAAGUUCCUGUGGUUCAUGUUAGAGGAAAAUCCUUUAGUUUCUUUUUAGUUUUUUUCUUUUUAAUCACAUUGUGGAAAUGAUGUGAAUUUCUGCUUCAGGCUGUCUGGCAAAUAUUGCAUGAAUCAAGUGUAUCAAAUCCUUAGAUCUGGUUUGAGGAGUGUUAGUUUGUGAUGCUUUUAUUGUGGUGGUUCCUGCACUAACCGCUCACUCGUCGCUUGUUAGCUUCUCAUUUCCUGCCUGGAACAACCCAGAACUUUAUGGAGAACUUCAACACUGCCGGUCCAGCAGGAAGUGGUGGAGAGUUUUAUUUGGCGUGAGGUGUAACCUGCAGCCACGCCCACUUCCUGUGGUAGAGCUUUAGUUUGCCUUAAUGAGCGCCGUGUGGUUUUGGUUUGGUGACUGGCUUCACUUUCUGCAGAUGCUGCAUUCACUGACAUUGGUUUUAAAAUGACUUGAGUGACUUUUAUUCUAAUAAAUGUUUUUUCUUUUUACACAAACUUUUUUUCUGUCUGAUUUUCGUCCAUUAAAUGAGUACGGACCAAGAGAGGAUCGGUUCCUUCUGUGUGAAGCUGCUGAGAUCUUCUUCCCUCCGUCUGGUUUGAAUCCUCUUCUCACUGUGUAGAUAUUUGGAAGCCAUAUAUUCCCUGAAACUAAUGAGUGUUGUGAUUGAUGUAACCAGAGCUGAGUACUGACCCCAGAAUCGUUGUACCUUCAUCUACUGUACAAGCGUCACCAAUCGGAAUAAAGGUAUUAACGGAAA